AUGCCUUCGCGAUCCCCAUCACGAGGCCGGUCAACUACUCGCUCCAACACUCCCACUUCUAUACAACGAGCACCAUCGCCGCCCUUUAAUCGUCCUCGUUCUCCCCGUCGAUCUCCUUCACCAAGACCUCGCUCCAGAUCAUACUCCAGAUCACCUCCUCAUCGGGAUGUGCGCAACGGUCAUGGACGAGGUCGAAGUUACAGUCGAAGCACAACGCGCAGCAGAAGUCCGAGUCGUGGGGAUAGAAGGUCAUACCGAGAGCGGAGUUACACUCGCAGCCUUAGCAGAGAGAGCAGAUGGACACAGAGCUCCAAGAUUGUGGUCGAAAAGCUUACGAAAAAUGUGACGGAAGCCCAUUUGCGAGAGAUCUUUGGGUCGUAUGGGCGCAUUGAAUCUAUUGACCUUCCCUUGAACAAGCAAUUCAUGACAAAUCGUGGCACGGCAUACAUCCUCUACGACCAUCCGUCCGCCUCUGAAUCUGCCAUUGCCCACAUGCACGAGGCGCAGCUAGACGGCGUCGUCAUUUCAGUCAGCAUUGUUCUACCUCGUCGCGCGUUUUCGCGCUCGCCUCCACCAGCCAGAUCUACGAGACCGGGACCACCACCUCCUCGCUAUGGGCCCCCACCAAGAGGUCCGCCCCCCGGGAGAUACCGAAGUCCACCACCUAGAAGAGGUGGUUAUGGCGGAGGCAGACGAGGUGGGGGCGAAGAUAAUACGUACAUUCCGCGCUCGACAUACUCAAGGUCCCCUUCGCCGCCGAGACGGCGCUGGAGGUCCAUCUCCUACUCAAGAUCACCCUCUAGAACACCACCUAGGAGACGGGGGCCACCAGGUCGAAGUCCACCGCGGAGAAGGAGACGAAGUCCUAGCUACAGUUCUCGGAGCAGUUAUAGUCGCAGCAGAAGCAGGACGAGAAGCCGAUCCAGAAGCAGAGGAAGAUACGGUGGCCGGAGAUGA